CCUGCCCCGCGCUGGGAAGCCGGGCGCUGGCUGGGGUCCCCGGGACCGCGCUCGCAGCUGGCCGCGUCCUCCGCCGCCCGGCGCUGGCAGUGGGCGGGAGCAGCCGGCUGGCUCAGUCCCCUCCGAGAGCGACUUUCAAACCCGGCGCCCGCGUCGCGGCGGCAACUGUGCAGCUUUGCGCGCCGUGCGCGGCGGCCCGCGGCGUGGCAAGUGCUGAAUCUCCCUGCGGUGCCUCUGCCAGGCAGCGAUGCCAGGAUGCCCGUCUCUGCCUCCUCCUGCCAAAACGGCAGCCAGGCGCGGCCGGUGAGCCUGACCUCCUCCACCUCUUCUUCAUCUGGUUCCUCCCGAGACAGCCGCAGUGCCAUGGAGGAACCCAGCUGCUCUGAGGCUUCAGGGGAGAAUGGGGCAGGCUCUCCCCGCAGCCGGCUCGCCCCCAACAGCAACAACAACUCCAGCAGCUGGCUGAAUAUGAGGGGACCCCUCUCCCCCUUCAAUGGCCGGGCAGCAGCGGGACCCACGCAUAAGCUCAGCUACCUGGGCCGAGUGGUGCGGGAAAUUGUGGAGACAGAGCGCAUGUAUGUGCAGGACCUGCACAGCAUAGUGGAGGACUAUCUCUUGAAGAUCAUCGACACACCGGGACUGCUGACGCCAGAACAAGUCAGUGCCCUCUUUGGGAACAUCGAAAGCAUCUAUGCACUGAACAGCCAGUUACUCAGAGAUCUGGACAGCUGCAACAGCGACCCAGUGGCUGUGGCCAGCUGCUUUGUCGAGAGGAGCCAAGAGUUUGAUAUCUACACCCAGUAUUGCAACAACUACCCCAACUCAGUGGCAGCCCUGACGGAAUGCAUGCGGGACAAGCAGCAGGCCAAGUUCUUCCGUGAGCGCCAGGAGCUGCUGCAGCACUCGCUGCCCUUGGGAUCCUACCUGCUGAAGCCUGUCCAGCGCAUCCUCAAGUACCACCUGCUGCUCCAGGAAAUCGCCAAACACUUUGAUGAAGAGGAGGACGGCUUCGAGGUGGUGGAGGAUGCCAUCGACACCAUGACCUGUGUGGCCUGGUACAUCAAUGACAUGAAGAGGAGGCACGAGCAUGCGGUUCGGCUCCAGGAGAUUCAGUCCCUGCUUAUCAACUGGAAGGGGCCAGACCUGACCAUCUACGGGGAGCUCGUCCUGGAGGGCACGUUCCGAGUACAUCGCGUGCGCAACGAGAGGACCUUCUUCCUCUUUGACAAAGCGCUGCUUAUCACCAAGAAGCGGGGCGAUCACUUUGUCUACAAGAGUCACAUCCCGUGCUCCUCCCUGAUGCUGAUUGAGAGCACCAGAGACUCCCUGUGCUUCACUGUCACCCACUACAAGCACAGCAAGCAGCAGUACAACAUCCAGGCCAGAACAGUGGAGGAAAAACGCAACUGGACUCAUCACAUCAAGAGGCUCAUCUUAGAGAACCACCAUACCACCAUCCCCCAGAAGGCCAAGGAAGCCAUCUUGGAAAUGGAUUCCUACUAUCCCAACCGGUACCGCUACAGUCCAGAGCGGCUGAAGAAAGCCUGGUCCUCGCAGGACGAGGUGUCCAGCCACAUGCGCCAGGGGCGCCGGAAGUCUGAGCCUGGUCAGUCCCUGCACAGCCGGGCCACACUCCCCUGCGGGCAGCGAGGCUUCAUGGUGCCAGGCCUUAAGGGCCGUAGAAAGUCUGAGCCCGCCAGACACCUGCUUCGGCAACUCAGCGAGAAAGCAACCAGAGCAGCCGGAAUGAAGCAUGCGGGCAGUGCCGGCACUCUCUUGGACUUUGGGCAGCACCCCCAUACUCGGGGACUGCAGUCGGAGGCUGAGGGGGCUGCCGAGGAGGAGGAGGAGGAGGAGGAGGAGAUGGUGGAGGAGGAGGAGGAGGAACAGGCCUUUCAGGUCUCUCUCGAGGCCCUGGCAGGGCAUGAAGGCAGCAUGAAGGGGCCUGGGCCGGACCCCCCAGGCUCAGAGGAGGAGGAGGAGGAGGAGGAGAGCCUGGCAGUGGCGGAGCAGGUAGCCGACUUUGCCAGCUCCCUGCUGGCCGCCCUCCACUGCUGGCACUAUCGGGCCAACGCUUUACUUUUCUCCCGGGGCGCUAUGGGAAAGGGGCGCAGGGAGUCUGAAGGUGCCAAGAGCCGCAGACGGCCCAGCGGCCGGGGCGCCAGUGAAGAGAAGCGCUUGAGCUUAGAGUCUGUGUCUUCCCUGCCAGAGGCUGACCCUGACCCGGAGCCCUGGACAGAGCAAGAGGUGUUUGCUGCUGCGGAAGGUGCCAGCACUGAAGAGAUGCUCUCAGACACAGAGUCUCCCGAAGCCCUGCAAACACAGCUUGAUGCCCACCCAGGUGACAUGGUGGACUUCAUAGUGGCAGAGAGUGCUGAGGAUCUUAAGCCUCUGAGCAGUGAAGAGGAAGAGGAGGAAGUGGGGGCCUCCCAGGAGCCGGAGAGCCUGCUGCCGCCCUCUGUGCUGGACCAGGCCAGUGUCAUCGCCGAGCGGUUUGUUAGCACCUUUUCUCGGAGGAGCAGCCUGGCGCUGGAGGACGGCAAGUCCAGUGGCUUUGGCACCCCGAGGCUGACAAGCAGGAGCAGCAGCGUGCUCAGCCUAGAAGGCAGCGAGAAGGGCCUGGCCCUGCGUGGGGGCACCACAGAGUCCCUCAGUUCUCAGCUCCCCCCAGAAGCAGACAUGACUGUGGGGGUGGCCACAGAGAACGGCUCUCCUGUCAAUGGGACAGAACCCCCAAGCCCAGGCUGCCCAGUGGAGGCCGACAGGUCUUCUUGCAAGAAGAAGGAAUCGACGCUGUCCACCCGAGACCGGCUGUUGCUGGACAAGAUCAAGAGCUACUAUGAAAAUGCAGAGCACCACGAUGCGGGCUUCAGUGUCCGGCGCCGGGAGAGCCUUUCCUACAUCCCCAAAGGGCUGGUGAGAAACUCCGUGUCCAGGUUCAAUAACCUUCCCAGGCCGGCUCCAGAGCCAAAAGCUCCGCUGGGGCCCAAGAGGCAGCUUGGUUCCCGGCCAGCUUCGUGGGCCCUCUUGGACCUUCCAAGACCAGAUCAGGCAGGGACUGAGGACCCAGCUCCUAUCACUGAUGCGGAGUUCCGCCCAUCUUCGGAAAUCGUGAAGAUAUGGGAGGGAAUGGAAUCUUCUGGUGGGAGCCCUCGGAAGGGGCCAGACCAAGGCCAGGCCAAUGGUUUUGACCUGCAGGAGCCACUCUUCAUUCUGGAGGAGCAUGAGCUGGGUGCCAUCACCGAGGAGUCAGCCACGGCCUCUCCUGAGAGCGCAUCCCCCACUGAGAGGUCCGGUCCGGCCCACCUGGCCCGGGAGCUGAAGGAGCUGGUGAAGGAGCUGAGCAGCAGUGCCCAUGGGGAGCUGGUGACUCCGUUGCACCCCCGAAUUGUUCAGCUGUCCCACAUGAUUGAUGGCCAUGUGAGCGAGCGAGUCAAGAACAAGGUCUACCAGCUGGCCCGCCAGUACAGCCUCAGGAUCAAGAGCAGUUCGGCGUCAGCCAGGCCACUGCUGCCGUGGCAGAAGGAUGCUCCUGAAAGGGCUGGGAAAAGCGCCUCCAGUCCCCACCUGCAGGAGGAAGCUGGUGCACCAGGGAACAAAGGUAAGAGAAAGCCAGUGUUGUCGCUCUUCAACUACGAGCAGCUGGCGGCCCAGGAGCACAGCCUUCACAAGUCCUGUUCUGCAGGGGAGAUGUCACCCCGGCGUUUCUCCUUCAGCCCUGCUGCUGCCAGCCCAAGGACCCCCUCGCCUGGAGUCAGGCCCUCCACCCGAAGCCCCCUCAGUCCCUUGGACACCGAGACCUUCAACUGGCCUGACGUCCGAGAGCUGUGCUCCAAGUACACCUCCCACGAUGAGGCGCUCCAGGCCGAGGGUGGCCGGCCCCGAGGACCGCCUGUCAACCGGAGCCGCUCGGCGCCAGAGAACAUGGUGGAGCCACCUCUGUCGGGCAGGGUGGGCCGCUGCUGCAGCCUGAGCGCCAAGAGGGGCCAGCACCAGGAGGCAGCCCCGUCGCAGCCUGCUGGGGAGUUACCCCAAGGCAUGCCUAAUGGAGAGGAGGACCUGUAUGUCACUGCUGACCUCACUCUGGAGGACAACCAGAGGGUGAUUGUCAUAGAGAAGGGGCUGCUGCCAGGCCCCACGGCAGUGGAGCUGCAGGAGGGUAGCAGGCGGGGCCCACGUUUGCCUGUGGCCAUGCAGGGGCAGGGCAAGGACUUCCAGCAGUCUGCAGAGUGCCUGCCAAAGGAAGAGGGUCCCAGGGACCAAGUGGACCCAAGCCAGCAAGGCCGCGUGAGGAACCUGAGGGAGAAAUUCCAGGCCUUGAACUCCGUGGGCUGACUCGGUCCUGGGAUAGGAGGAACAGUCUGUGGGGUGGGGAGGAAGCUCGGCUUAUUUCCCUCAAGCCUGGGCUCCCCCUGCUCACAGACAUCCCUCCCAGGGCUCAUGAAAAGACUCUCACCUGUUUCCCCCUGAAGAGGGUUCCGCUGUACUGGGCAAGGGUCUUCACCUGCGUCGUGAGAACGCUAGUGCUCCCCUGGUUCAAGGUGACCCUCCACCGGCCCGCCCCUCUGAGGCCAGCAUGGCCGCUUUCCUUGUAUAUAGUUCUCCCUGGUAAGAAGCCAAAUAUUUAAGCUCACCUCUUCCCAGGGAGCAAGCCCAGCCCCAGCGGGCUGGCCACUGCAGGCGCCCACCCCGGGAGGCGCAGGAAGGUGGUCUGGGAGGCUUUGCUUUUUAACUGCCUUUUCUUAGGCUCCAGGCAGAAACGAGGCCCAUAAUUUAUUGCUUUCCAUUCUGUGGUAUGUUUGUAUGUGUAUGUGUGUGUUUUUGUUGAUUCCCCUCCUGUGAAGAAUGUACAGGACCCUGUUCAGGUACUUUCGUGGGUUGCCUCGCUGACCCUGUGGGCGUCGCUAAUGUACACACAUUUCAUUAUUUGCCAAUGGUGCAAUAACCACUGCUGACCAAACGA